AUGGUGGUUUCAUGGGGAUUUGACUACGAGGUGUUCUUGAAUUUUAGAGGACCGCACAGUCGAUUAGGUAUUACUGACUUCCUUUACAUCAGCCUGAUUGAUGCAGGAAUCUGUGCUUACAGAGAUGAUGAAGAGCUGCGCAAUGGGGAAGAGAUUGGCUCGGAGCUUCUUCGAGCAAUCAAGCAGUUGAGAGUCUCCAUACCCAUCUUCUCAAGACGAUAUGCCUCUAGCAAAUGGGGUCUCAAGGAGUUGGUGCAGAUGGUGGAGUGCAAGAAAACCAAGGGACAGAAGAUCAUGCCCAUUUUCUAUACCGUGGAACCUUCUGAGGUCCGGUACCAAACUGGCGGGUAUGGACAAGCCUUCCUUGAGCGUGAAAACAAGAGGCCAUACAAUGAUGUAACUAUUAGCGAGUGGAAGGCUGCUCUAAGUGAAGUCAGAACACUAAAGGGAUGGGACCUACAAAGCAUGCCCAACAGGUGA